GCUUCACCUUGAAUAAUGGAUCAACUUAUGCGAUGCUCCACCCAACAACGACACUUGCAACAGCGCUAAUACCUCAAUGAACCCUUUGAGCGACCUCCACGUUUCACUUUCUUCAUUAAACGCGUAGCCUGAGGUCCAAACACACCUCGUGGCAUGAAGUGAUUCACUUACCUGCACAACAACAGUUGCGAUGGAUAUCAUACGCAUAUCGGAGCUCGCGAAAGAAAGCUCGGAAAUUGAGGAUAAAUGUAUUCGCGCUGUUGUCACUCUCAUAUGGCCCUAUAGCUCCUCCACACAACGAGCGGCGUUUCUUCUUGCCGAACCCGAUUUUCGUCUUCGCAACAAGAAGGGACAGGUACGUGUGCAGCUGACGGGUGCCGCGGCAAAGGCUGUAGCAAGAUCGAAGAUUAGCAUUGGUGACGAGCUUUUCCUGAAUCUUGAGGGGGCAAGAUGCAUGGAGGCGACCGCUGGCAUAAGUACGCCUGGAAAGAGCGUCGAUGUUGAGCUGGCGUAUAGUAAUCGACUUGUGUGCAGCAUUUUCAGGAACCAGGAAUUAUUGAAGAAACUCAACAUAGCUGACAGACAGGGCUCAGAGUCUCGUUGCCCCUCAAGUUCGUCCACAAAGCCUCAAACACCUUCGCGACCUUCAUAUCAGUGGCAAUCGAGUUACGAUCGUGGUUAUGGUCUUUCUAAUACGCCGGCAUCAUCUGCUUUUCACAAACGCGCAAGAGUAGUCAGUGGCGACCUCGUGGACUCUCCAUAUGAUCCCUUCGCAAAUGACGUGGAUACUUUGAAUAGUGAUCGCAAACGCCCGAGGCUGGCGUGGGGAGGUGAAGGCAGCUGGUCUGUAAAGGAUGGAGUGCCGUCUCCCACGAAAAGAGGUCAAAGGUAUGAUUGGCUCCAGAUGGUAGAAACGCAAGCGUCAGAAGAGUCGCGAGAGGUUGGAAUGAUUGCAUCCCACAUAAACACAGAGUCACAGUUGCCAUCAACGCCAACAACAACAAAUGCAGAUGGGUCUUACAGCGAGACAAAUAGGCACGAAUAUUUACCUGUGAGAAGUGGAACCACAGAAGAUGAGGACGUUAACGAGGCCAUUCCUUUGCACGGGAAUUUGGACGAUGAAGAUAUUGCUGUGGUCCCCACCGCGCGUUCACUACUACCCGCCGCUACAGCUUCUCGAUUCCACGUAUUUCGCGACCAGUCAUCUAUUAGAGCGCCUAGCAAAGUUUUGGAGGCUACACUGCAUAAUGGCUCUGCGACACAAGUAGCUGCCGAUGUCAAACCAACCGUAUUGCGCGAUGACGCUACGUCUCUAGGCCUUAUCCCCAAAGACCUCAACAAGGUCAAAGACAAUUUUCCAAACUUGAAACUAUCUGCUUGUGGCAAUAGCCCACGUGCUGAGAACCCUAAUCUACAUACCUCAAAUCUGCCUGCAGAGUCCUGCCGACAGCUUCAGUCUCCAAAUAAGAGCCCCUCUUUUGAAUCCAUGAUGCCGCCACGACUUCCAUCUUUGCUAUCCGACACUCCGGUACGCCCGAAAAUGCAUUCCCAACAACCUUCUAUGCUUCUCGUACCCUCUUCUAUUUCCAUUGAAGAAUCGCCACCAUAUACUGACACAGUUGGCUCAUCACUGCAAAGUUCAUUUGCGGGAAAACCUUCUGGUCUGUCGCCCAUCUUACCAGACUGGAUGUUGCAGCUUGGUUUCGGUUUUGUUAAUGACACAAUUGACCAAGAAUCAUUCGGAGAGAACACGGAAGAGCAAAAUAAGAACGUCCAUAGAAAUAAGCUUCUGGAUGAGGGUAUUGAAUCUUCGCACCCCAAUAGUCAACCGCAACCUUUGCCAACAAGCGGAGCUCAGCCAAAAACGGCAAACGAAGAAGCGAGUUCUGAUAAUAAGGAAGCAAACACUGGAUUGCUAAAGAGCCAAAACUUAAAAGCCACAAGUUCUCACGAGGAUAGCAUUGUUGCUCAGAACCUAUCGGUUCAAUAUUCUCUGGGGACGAAAUCUACGGUCUCGAAAAGCACGGAAACUCCCGGUAGCGGAUGGCGUAGUUCUUCUGCUCAGCCCUGGGAAGCUCAUAUCUCGGAGGGUCACUUUUUUUUGGGAACCUUUACCGAUACGACAGCGUCUGAGAUGCACUCGACUUUCUACAAAGAGGCCGACGAUUCCUUGAGUGGAUAUAUUCACGGUCGUGAAGAUGAAAACAAGGCGGACGCCCAAGACCACGCAGGGGAAGACAAAGUAGCAUUUGAUAAGACGCAGAGAUCACCACAGACUAGGGACCUAAAUAUUGCGGUGUUAGGAAGUAAAUCCUCAAUAUCGUUCGAUGGCACUGAUGAUCCGGAGUCACGAUACCCUUCAUUACCACAGCUUUUAAGCUCUCAAUCGCGCUCUGCACCACCGCUUGUUUCCUCUAUGACGACAGUAAAGCCAAUUGCUAAAGAUGUACCCAGUGAACGCGAUGAAAGUCAAUUUUCUACAUCUAAGCACGACUUGAUCGAAAAUAUUGGAGCAUAUCAUGAAACACCGUCGGCUUUGUUAAGAAACUCAGAGCCGCCCUUCCAUAGCUUUCCACUCAAUGCUGGUGAAUAUCGAAAAGAUAGUUUUGAGGAUGACAGGACUGGUGGUGCAAUAUCGGCAUCUGAAUUAACAGCGCGCCAAUCGCAAAACCAUGAAGAUGAGGAUUCUUCUAAUUCGACAUCUUUUCUGUGGCAAAAUAUGCCACUGAGUACCUCAUUCUGUGUCCCGCAACAGGAUCCUAAACUUCCUUUGACACCAAAUCUUAGUCAGGAUUCCUAUCAAGAACAGCUUUUGCAAGCCAAUUUUAACAGUGCGCAAGACAAAUCGCUGCCAACUCCUAGUGCCACACAAUCCGCUACCCACGAACCGCUACGCGAGGGAAGAACACAGUCUUUUGUCACGGAAACUGAUUCAGGUCGCGCACAGUGGCAAGAGCAUUUGGUUGGAACAGGUGAAGACACGCCACCUCGAGACCCGGCGAAGCUUGCUUCAUUAUAUCUCAGCCCAUGGUAUGAUCUUACUCCUAAAAAGGUAGAAGAUGAGAAGCAUGUUGGUAAAGCAGGAAGGAGCGUCGUAUUUGUACAACAGGAUAGCGAUUCUCAAAAAAGUUCAUGCGUUGAGGACGAGUCUGGAAACUCGGAGAAAGUCAACACAUUAGAGUCUGCAAACGAUAGGGAAACGUCUCCAGUCUCUCCAGCCCCUGUUGCUGACAUUGUGCAGCAAAAGAACAUGGAUUCUGACUUUUCCUUCAAUCUAUCUCAAAUAACAAGGGCUCGCGGCCUUCUCACAGACUUCUCAUACUACUCACCACUACCUGGACUGUUUUCGAAUCUCCGAAUUCCCUCCAAUUCGCAUUGCUACAAUGAUGGAUACGUGGAUGUCAUUGCUGUUGUCACAAAGCCGACCACAAAACCACUUCGCGCCGACAGAGGACAACGUGAUUAUCACACGACGCUUAGCAUCACAGAUCCAGCCUUUUAUCCGAGGAAUAUGCGAGUGCAGGUGUUUCGCCCGUGGCGUGAAGCUCUUCCAGCAGCGGACAAAGGUGAUAUAGUCUUGCUCAGGGGCUUUGAAGUAUUCUCUAGCACUGGAAAUGUUGGAGUAGGUCUGAAGAGCGUUGAAAGCUCCGCUUGGUGUGUGUGGCGCUUUCUCGCUGAUGCUGAAGUUGCUACUGCCACAGGCGACUCCAGUGUUGAUGACAAAGCUUGGGCAUGGCUGAGGAGGGAACGUAAUGACCUUAUUGACUGGAAUCAAAGGGAAGAAAUAAGGGGGCCACCUGUUGAGUUUGGUGAGCAAGAGCGGGUGUUCGUGAAGGACUUGAAGACUUGGUGGGCUAAAACCGCUACUGGCUAGCAUUGAAGUAGCUUAAACCUUCAUAAGGUCGUAUGCAAAUCUUCCUUCUUUCCCGAGGGAAAGAUUUGCGUAGUGAAACGAGAGAGAUUCAGG